GGGAGGCAGGGGGCCAAUCGGAGCGCGCAAUACAGAGAGCGCAGUGACGUGGUAGGCCUGGCAGGCUGCAGUGUGUGUGUAAAGCGAGCCGAGAGCCGAGAAGACUUUGAGAAUGUCGUCAUCAGGAGCCUUGUUUCCGAGUCUGGUGCCCGGGUCCCGCGGGUCCUCCAGCAAGUAUCUGGUGGAAUUCCGGGCUGGGAAGAUGUCCUUGAAGGGAAGCACCGUGACUCCUGACAAAAGGAAGGGACUUGUAUACAUCCAGCAGACUGAUGACUCCCUCAUCCACUUCUGCUGGAAGGAUAGAACAUCUGGGAAUGUAGACGAUGAUCUGAUUAUAUUUCCAGACGACUGCGAGUUCAAGAGAGUGGCGCAGUGUACUACUGGGCGCGUGUACGUGCUUAAAUUCAAGGCCGGCUCCAAGAGACUGUUUUUUUGGAUGCAGGAACCCAAGACUGAUAAGGAUGAAGAGUACUGCCGCAAGGUGAACGAGUAUCUCAAUAACCCGCCUAUGCCUGGGGCACUGGGUGGAAGUGGCAGCGGAGGCCAUGAGCUUUCAGCCCUGGGAGGAGAAGGAGGCCUGCAAAGCCUGCUGGGAAAUAUGAGCCAUAACCAACUGAUGCAGCUUAUUGGACCCACUGGUCUGGGGGGGCUUGGUGGGUUAGGAGCUCUGACGGGUCCAGGACUGGCCAGUUUGUUGGGCAGUGGAGGUCCUACAACAAGCAGCUCUUCUUCCAGUUCUCGCAGCCAGUCGGCAGCUGUGACUCCGUCAUCCACUACGUCUUCCACAAGAACCACCACCACCACUACACCAGCUGCUCCAGCUGUUGCUGCAGUGCCCGUGGUGGCUACACCCACCCCUGCUGCGGUGACCUCAGGCAAUGGUGCCAGCACUGCUACAAGCCCUACACAGCCCAUCCAGCUAAGUGACCUGCAGAACAUCCUAGCGACCAUGAAUGUGCCUGCCACAGCGGAAGGUGGUCAGCAAGUGGACCUGGCCAGUGUUCUCACUCCAGAAAUAAUGGCUCCUAUCCUGGCUAACCCAGAAGUUCAGGAGAGAUUAAUGCCUUACCUCCCAUCUGGAGAGUCCCUGCCGCAAACUGCAGACGAGAUCCAGAACACACUUACCUCUCCUCAGUUUCAGCAGGCUCUGAGCAUGUUCAGCGCUGCUCUUGCUUCCUGCCAGUUGGGUCCGUUGAUGAGCCAGUUUGGUCUGCCUGCAGAGGCAGUGGAUGCCGCCAAUAAAGGAGAUAUUGAAGCGUUUGCCAAGGCAAUGCAGAGCACCUCCUCCCAGAAAGAGAGAGACUCCAAAGAGAAGAAAGAGGAAGAGGAGGACAUGAGUUUAGACUGAAGUCUGGUCUUCUUCUCUCUUUGCUGCAGAAUAGAAUAAUGUGCUUAGGCCUGAGGGCUUUAUACCCCACAUGUAUGUCCUUUCCAUGUUUAAUAAAGCGCUCUAUCUGCUGAA